AAUGUGUAUCAGCUGUGUAGUGUGUAGUAAUAUCACAAUUGGCGUCACCACUCAGACCUCAGCUGUUUCCCGCCAUCAGAAAACCGCUGUGAGGCUUUGAGUGUGCCCGUCCCGCGUAAUAGUAUCUAGGCUAGUUGAUUUUUGUAAUUUAAGUGUCAAUUUUUUUACAAAUUGCAAGUUUAUUGUUUUUUUCGAUAAUAAUUACGCGAAGAAACAAAGUUUAAAAUAAAGUGUUAUGUCUAUAAAUAUAAAAACUGAGGAGGUCAUUAUUGAAGAAGUUGAUCUAUUCGGAAAUUUUAAUAGAGUAAAAUCCGAAGAAGGGCCCGAAUUAACGGGCGGAGGUGGAAGCAUGGAAGCCGAAAAACGCAUUCGUCGUGAAAUUGCAAAUAGCAACGAACGCCGCCGAAUGCAAAGUAUAAAUGCUGGCUUCCAAUCAUUACGGACCUUACUUCCACACCAUGAAGGCGAAAAAUUGAGCAAGGCUGCAAUUUUGCAACAAACGGCCGAAUAUAUUUAUUCAUUGGAACAAGAAAAAACACGACUACUUUCCCAAAAUUCUCAACUAAAACGUUUAGUGAAUCAACAUGAAGGUAACGAAAUACCAACAAAGAAACGUAAACACGAGAAUACAUCAUCCUCGACACCACCAACUAUGACCACAAUAUCAACCACAGUAAUCUCUGAGUCAGCGGAUGAAGGUAUCGAUACAAUGUCUCCAGAACCUGUUGGCAUUUCAGUUGUACAAACAAACGCAAAUAUUGAAUUAAUGGAAGUACGUGCACAAUUAGAGCGUGAACGACGCAUGCGUAUACUUCUAGAAGAGGAAUUGCGUGCUCUCGAAUCACAAGUUGUUUACUCAUCACAAGUAUAUCAAACUAACGGCGAUAAUGCAGUGAUAGUUUCCCUACCAGAUGAUAUGGAAGUUGUUAGCAUGGAAUCAGUUCCACCAGUUGCACAAACACAAACAGUUGAAUCGUCACCACAAAUAAUGUCACGAUCACCGAGUCCACAAUUGCAACAACGUUUACCCAGUGCACUCGAGGCGGCUAUUAAAGCUGAACCAAAAGUAGAAGUUGAGCGUUUACCGCCUCCCUCCCCAACGCCAUCUUGUCCUGAGGAGAUCACAUCAUCAUCACAAACACAUCUCUAUGUACAUGCAAAUACUUCACGACAAAAUUUAGAGACUAUUGUCGAAGCAAUACGCCAUCUGGAAGGUGAAAUAUUCGAUGAUACAAAACAACGGAGUACAACAGUUGUGUCAACGGUGAGAGGAGCAACACCUUCAACAGCAGCUACACAAGAAGUACCGCUUGCAUUGACAACAAAACCAAAAGAAAUCACACAACGACUACUCAAUCCAUAUUUACAGUUUCAUCCUACUGUUCAACAGCAACAGCAAACUCGACCUGGUGUUAUUGUUGUGAAGUCACAUUCGUGAUCAGAGGUAAUACAGCAUGCACCAGCUCCAAAAGUGACAAAUCAUCUUCAACAGCAGAAAAAAAGAAAUACAAUCGAGAAUAAUCCAAUUAUCUUGCCUUUUUGACAACAGUAAAUCCAAAACACAAAAUCAAAUUAGCCAAAAAUUAUGUGACAUAGUAGAAUUUUCUGUUCCUGCAAAAAUUAGACAACAAUCCGACUGUGGAGACUUUUAUUUUUGAUGUUCUGAAUAGUUCUUCAAAUGUGAAGCACGAUUUUUUUAACGUUGGCGAUAUAGUUUCCUUCAAAAAAAAAUCCUUUCCAAACCACCACUGAGUUAAACAAAUCGAAAUUUAUUUCUAAGGAAAACAUGGGGAAAAAAUUCAUGUCAAAAACUAAGAUAUUUCGAAAUAUAUCUUCGAUACAUCAAAAUGAAAGUCUCCACAAAAAUCUUUCUUAUUUCUAAUCUCGAUUAAACUACCUAAAUUCAGACUUCUGGAGAGAAAAUUCUAUAUUGUUCAUAGAUUAUAAUAUUAUUCUAUUGCGAAUUGUUUAUAUAAAAAAAUAUUAUACAGUAGCUAGAAUUUCGAAUAUGUAGACAAAAAAAAUAUAGUGUAGCCAAAAAAAAAAAUAUAUUUUGAUUUGUGUGUCGUCGGAGGAUAUUCAUAAUUUUUGAAGGACAUUCAACUGCUGAAGAUGAUGUUAUAUUGCUGCUAAAUAGUUGACACGCCUCAUUUAAUAGGUGUUUGUGGCGCUGAGAUAGAGACAGUUUUUUUUGACGUUACGAUUGACGACGAGUUUAUUAAUUAAUUAUUACGACAUUACCAAUAUUGAAAA